AUGCGCGCAACACGACAAUUUCAUGACGAAGAGGUCAAAGAUAGACUUGUGGAACCCAGCGCACCCUCCAUUCUUUCCCGUAAGUCCCGUAGUGACUGCCGCAUCCCUCUUCCCGGUGAUGUACUUGAUGGAUACAUCCUUAGCGAGAAAAUAGGCCAAGGCAGCUUUGGUAUUGUCUUUGAAGGUCAUCCAGUUGAUAGUCUGAAGAAGGUAGCAAUAAAGAUAGAGACGUACACGGACUUUAGACACUCUCAGCUAGAGAACGAGUAUAAGACUUACUUGCUACUACAGAGCAGUCCCGGGUUUCCUAAGGUCGAGUACUUUGGCGAGAAGAGUGGUUAUAAGUUCUUGGUUAUGGAGUACUUAGGCAUGAGUUUAGAGGAUAUGCUAGCCAUUCGCAAUCGCAAGUUUAGUGCCAAAACUAUCUUUAUUGUGGCCAAGCGUAUGAUAGACUUGAUUGAGACAUUGCAUAGUACGGGUCGAGUCCAUCGCGAUUUAAAGCCUGAUAACUUUUUGAUAGGCCGAGAUCCCAAAAAGUUGUUUUUGAUUGAUUUAGGAAUGGCCAAAGAGUACAUUGAAAUGGGGCAGCAUAUUGCCAUAACUACUGGGAAGCGACUAACUGGGACACCAAGGUAUGCCUCAGUAAAUGCCCAUCGUGGCUAUGAUAUCAGUCGACGGGAUGAUUUAGAGUCGAUUGGGUACAUCUUAGUUUACUUAGCUAAAGGGAGAUUGCCUUGGCAGGGCUUGAAGGAGUCAAAGCGAGAGAAGUACCGGAUUGUUGGGGAGAUGAAACGGACGAUGAAAGUAGAGACAAUUGCUAAGGACUUACCAGGGGAGAAGAUGAUUGUGGAGUACUUCCGGUAUGUUAAGGCCUUAGGAUUUGAUACGAUUCCAGAUUAUGUUUAUUUAAGAUCUUUGUUAGAUGCGGCUUUGCAUGAGAAUGGCCUAGUGGAUGAUGGAGUAUUUGAGUGGGAAUAUGCCGUUAAGGGUUCAAUUGAGGACAUGACGGCUAAUGAUAGUUUAGAUGGUGAUCGAGUUAGGAAAAAAGGUAUUCUCUAUUGGCUGAAGAAGCUUUUCUGUCAGUGUCUUAUGUAA